AUGCUUGUUGCUGAUAGAGGGGCCGAUGCUCCUCUUGCGGGCAACACUGUCACCUUCACUGAUAGUGUCGGAUGUAAACGUGGUGGCUAUGACAAAGUCUCGCGUCGUGUAACCAAUCUAGAUGACAUCUCACUGGACUUCGAUGAGCAAAACAAUGACGACGUAGAGCGUAUUGCUCGCCGUCGGUCACGUCUGUUGGAACCGCAUCCUGAGGUUGUCAACAGUCCGGCACAUGAUGCAGCUCGUCGUGCUGCUGCCACCCAAUUUUUGCCCCGGGCUCAGGUUGGCGAACACUACGGAAAUUGCAUUCGUUUGGCGGCCGAGAAUAAAAUAACUUACAAAAAUGCCUUUGAUCUCCAUCUCAUCGACUUCAUGGGUGAAAUGAUUAAGAAGGAGGAUUUCACAAGCUUCCGGAUGGCUAGCUCGUCUCUGGACGCGAGCGCAAAGAUCUACGCAGGUCGCGUUGAUGCUGUGCAUCAGGAGACCUACAAAGUGCUCACGGGCCUUGGACGUUCUGAUUCUAAAACGACGAAGACAGGUACCGACGGCGAUGGCAAUGACCCACGAGCACUCGACGGCGUGAACGACUCAGUUGACGAACUCGGUGGCGGUGUCGCGGUCAACGAUCGUAAGCGGAGGGAACGGAAACGUGCUCCGAAUAUCAAACCCGUUAUCGUCACCGCAUUGAGUAAAAUCCGCUCCAGGAUUAAGCCUUUUGAGGCUGAUGUGGACCCGUUGUUUCAGCAACAGGCAGCAGCCUACGAUGACGGUGGCAUAGUAGAGCUCCGACUGAAUCGUCUGAGAACGUACUCUAAGUUUAGUGAGCUGCUGCAGGACUCCGGUACACCACUCUUCAAUCUUCGAGAAGAGGCUGGUUCCCUUACCUGCUGUACCCAACCCGUCGACUUGUACCCCAUCUUUGAUUCCCACACUCUAGAGGCACCUCUUUGUUUAGCAUUUGAUGAUUUCCACUUCAACAAGCUCAAUGAUGAAACUAGGGCUCAUAUAGCUCCUCUCAGUCCUCUGUUUGUACAAGAGGCAUACGAUUCAGUCACCACAACCCCCAUUCCUCUGGCCUCUCCUCCACAGAUGGACAUCGACGAUGAUAAUACUGCUUUCCCUAUCCCUGACACUGAUGGAGAUGACUUUGAGGUAACCCUGGUGAACGAGGGCAACGUCAUAUCUGGGAAUAAGGGUGGUGUCCAGGUGAUAGACGCAGUGGAAAAUCAGAAUACUGCAGAGCCGACCGCGGAAGGAGAGUUAUUUGUCUCUAGCCUCAAAUCCAUGCUAGCCACGCAUUUGGAGAACUUUGGCCAGGUAAAUGACGGUAUAUUGGGAUUGUGGGCCGGCCCUGAACACUGGCGCAAGAAAGCCAAGCGACGGCGGCUCGAUGAGUUUGGCAAUGUAGCAGCUCAGGUGCAGAACGAGGAGAAUGUGACCGUGGGCAAGAGUGCUCGAUCAAGGUGUGUGAAGAAGACUAAGAAGACGAGCAUGGAUUACGCAGCUGUCCUCCUUGAUACCGGUGAAAACCGUUCAAAGAGCGGAUGCGUAGUGCGCGGCGAUUGGUCCAAACAGCUGGAGAUAUACACCAAGGCGAGUGGCAAGUCUCCAGUCCUGAGAGAACAGAAUCGGCGUCUAGCGGGCGAGCGCUUCAAUCUCCUGCCACCCUCCAUCGCCGACGCGCGCCAGAACAUCUACGAGCUCUUCAAUCGCGAAGUAAUGCGCAAUCUGGUGGACAAGAGGACCAACGAGACGCACGAAAAUGUAACAGCUAAUGCCAUGGCUGACGGCGGUAUUGUGCCACCGUGGUUGGAUAGUCAGGCAGCUGCAGCCGCAGCCGAAGAUGAAGUGCACGAUGACGCCGAUGUUGGUGACAUGGUAGCCAACGAUGACGAUGACUAUGACGUCGCUCCUUAUGACGGCAUUUUCACUCAGGGUCCCACAGGUUUCAACGAAAACACACCCACGAUGAUGCCACUGGAGGGAGAGGAUGGUGUAAAGUUGGUGGCGCCGCCGCGUCAAAUCGCUCGCCUUGAGAUCGGCUACGCGCGCUCUGCCAAACUCAUCAACGUGCGGCAUUUAAAGAGUGUGCUCUGGAGCAUGAUUGAGAGCGAUCUCGGGGCCACUCCUUCCCUUACUACUGCUGCCGAAGUACUUAGUCCUCCCGCCAAGAAGACGCGAACGUCAACAGAAGCUGACGCAGUGUCUGCACCGCCAUCACCGUCAUCGUCAUCUUCCUUCAGCGAUCUCCUCACUGCCCUGCCUGCCAAAGUUUCGAAGCAGACCGCUGGUGAACUGAGUGUCGCGAUUGGACUCAACUGUCUUCUCCAUCUGGCCAACGAAAAGGAUCUCUUCUUGGAGACAGGCAUGGACUACGCAGACCUCUUCAUCUCCCAGGGUCUGCCAGCAACUGAAUUGAACCUUAUCUCCCAGCACAAACGGUGCUCGCAUCGUGGCGAUGCAUCACGGUCUAAGAAGCAACUCCCUUUGGAUCCCUGGCUCGAGGAGGUUGAUGCGAACGAAAGCAAUGUCUAG